AUGCCUUUCCAGAUUCUGGUUCAGAUUGUGCGCUUCUAUAGCUCUUCAACUCGCCGUCUUCCUGGCCCUAUCACGGCGAAGCUAUCUUCUUUCUGGCUCGCAUCACAAUGCCAAAAAGUCCGACGUUCCAAGGAAGUACUGAAGUUGCACCAGAAGCACGGCGACUUUGUUCAAAUUGCGCCCAAUUAUGUGUCCAUCAAUAACCCCGAUGCGAUCCAACAGAUCUAUGGCCAUAAAACCGGAUUUGUCAAGGGUCCCUUCUACGAUGCGUUCCACCAGGUGACGCCAGUAGUUUUUAACACCAGGAAUGUGUCAGAGCAUACGCGAAAGAGGAAGUAUAUAAAUCCCGCGUUUUCCGCGCGCGCUUUAUCGGACUUUGAGCCUUACAUGGAUGCCGAGAUUGUUGGAUGGAAGCGCCAACUACUCAAGAUUUCCAACGGAUCAAAACCACGCGUCGACUUUUCCGUCUGGACUAAUUAUCUGGCCUUCGAUGUCAUUGCUAGCUUUGCAUUUGGCGAGCCUUUUGGCUUUGUUGAGAAAGGUGAAGACGAAUAUGGCCUCAUCAAAAUCAUUGACACCCGCGGCGAGUUUAUGAACGCGCUGGGAUCUCUUUCGCCUCUGCUGAGAUCACUCAUGAAGUACAACCCGUUUGAUCCAUUCUGGAAGAACGGCUUCCAGGCGUCAGCAGGCCUUGCAAAAAUCGGAAGAGAAGCAUUCGAGAAGCGAAAAGCCUCUGCAGAUAAUAGCCGAAAGGACCUACUAAGCUUCCUGUUCAACGCAAAAGAUCCGGAUACGAAGCAACCAAUUCCCGAAGACGAAAUUAUCGCUGAGUCGAUCAGCUUCAUCGUUGGCGGGAGCGAUACGACGAGUAGCACAAUGGCCAAUUUCAUUGACUUUGUGUCUCGGGAUGCCGAUUUACAGCACCGGAUCCAACACGAGAUCGAUAUGAUCUUCCCAGGCAAGCCUUCUGAUGAUUGGGUACCAAGUGACAAAAAGCUGAGUGAGCUCUCAUUACUGCUUGCUACUUUGAGGGAAGUGAUGCGCUUUCGUCCUACCAGCGCCACCGGGUUAGAACGAGUGACGCCGCAGGGUGGAAAGACUAUAGCUGGACAGUUCAUACCAGCCGAGACAUUAGUCAGCGUCCCAACCUUGGGCAUAAUGAUGGAUCCACGGAUCUUCGAAUCACCUGAGACAUUCAGACCAGACCGAUGGCUUGAACCAGGUGCAGAUAAGCUCAUGGAGUACUUUUACCCAUUUUCAACAGGGCCAAGAGCAUGCAUCGGAAGAAACUUCGCCUGGAUGGAGAUCUUAAAGGCAGUAGGAGUUGUCUUCAAGCUAUUUGAUGUCAAGAGAAUGAACCCUAAGCCCACCGUGAUUAGAGAAGGUUUCUUUAACAAGGCCGUUGAAUGUGAAGUCGAGAUUCACAAGAGACACUUUAGCUGA